GGCCGGAGGCUGUGCAGCGCGGCGAUGGGGCGGGCUCUGCUGCCCUUUCUGGUGACCUGCGGCUUGCUCGGGGUGCCGGCGGGCCGGGGCCAGGAGCCGCAGACCCCGGACUGGAGGAUGACGCUGAAGACCAUCCGCAACGGCGUGCACAAGAUCGACACGUACCUCAACGCGGCGCUGGACCUCCUGGGGGGAGAGGACGGCCUCUGCCAGUACAAAUGCAGCGAUGGAUAUAAGCCUUUACCUCGCUACGGCUAUAAACCUUCACCACCUAACGGAUGUGGUUCUCCCCUCUUUGGUGUUCAUUUUGACAUUGGUAUUCCUUCGAUGACAAAAUGCUGCAAUCAACAUGACAGAUGUUAUGACACCUGUGGGAACCAGAAAAAUGAUUGCGACGAGCAAUUUCAAUAUUGCCUCUCUAAGAUAUGCCGAGAUGUACAAAAGACGUUAGGAAUACCUGAGAGUGUACAAGCAUGUGAAUCAACAGUUCAGCUGUUGUUUGAUGCAGUCAUACAUUUAGGAUGCAAGCCAUACCUUGAUAGCCAAAGAGAAGCUUGUAUGUGUCGGUAUGAAGACAAGAGGGACCUUUAAAGACUCUUGCAAC